AUGGACUCUCGUGUUGGUGCAAUAAUAGCGGAUGUUUUGUACGAGAUUCAGAAGGGUACUGCUGAUGAGCGCAGAGAACGGCACUCGAAGAACCUGGCAUUCGAAUCGAAAGAGAACCUCAAAAACGAGCCAGCAUCUGACUACGUGGAUAGUUGCAAAUCACUAAAACAACAAUUAUCAAGUGCAAGUAGCAGCAGUAGGAAUAACGGUAGUAAUAGUGAUUCCGAGAAGGCAACUAAUAACAAUUCCAGUGAAAAAGCAUCAUCAAGUGAACAACAGUCAAGGAAGAGAUCUGCAUCGGAUGCUGAAACUAACGAUGCCCUGUCAGAAGGUUUGUUUUUGAUGUGA